UCUCGCGAGACUUCCUACUGGGCUUAAUUUGCAAGCGUGAGUUGUCCACACUGUUAAGAGCAGCUACUCUACCGAUCAAAAUAGCAUUCAGUUGGUAAUGCCGCAUAGUUACUUAACUGAUCUACUUCAAUCAAGACUUCCAAUGGUAUAAAAAUAAGCUAAUGAUACCAAUGCAUAUUAAUGUAUCGUUUAAUUUUGCAGCCCAGGCAAUGUAAUGAAAAGUAAAUAAUCUUCUGUAAGUUAGGUAGCUGUCACUUAGCUGAACAAACACAAUAACAAGCCGGCUUGUUAUUGUGUUUGUAGCCCACAGCAGAAUUUGAAGUUUCGUUGUGCUAUUUCUGUGCAUAAUGUCGGGAUUCAAUCCGGAACUAAUUGACUAUUUAGAAGGCAAAAUCUCAUUUGAAGAAUUUGAAAAACAGAGAGAAGAGCGAAAAUCCAAGGAGAAGGCGACCUUAGGUGAAGAGGAUGGGGUUCCACCUGAUGAUCCUUUCCCCAGCACGUCCAGUGGCACCCGGAGAACUCGCAAGCGGCGAACAGAGGGGCUGGAAGAAGGGGUGAGCCCCGGCAUUCAUAAAGCCUUUUCCUCCAUGCUCCAAGACGAGGUUGAGGAACUGAUAGAGGAUGAUGACGACGACGAUGAUGAUGAGGAUGAUGAGGACGGUGAUGGAGGUAUAGAAGAAGAAGAAGAGGAGGAGGAUGAGGAGGGCGAGGUGGCGGUGGCAGCGAAGGAGGGGGAGGAGCAAAGUGACUUCCCCUCAGCAGGGGAUGUUUUCGCCCUGGAGAUGGAGCUUAACCGCGAGAACAAGAAGAUGAUGAGGGAGAGGAGGCACCGCAGCAAGCUUCCCCGGGCCCUGAGGGGCCUCAUGGGAGAGGCCAACAUCCGCUAUGCGCGUGGAGAGAAGGAGGACGCCAUCACCAUGUGCAUGGAGAUCAUCCGGCAGGCCCCGCUGGCCUACGAGCCCUUCUCCACCCUGGCCAUGAUCUACGAGGACCUGGGCGACAUGGAGAAGUCCCUGCAGUUCGGCCUGAUCGCCGCCCACCUCAACCCCAGCGACUGCGAGGAGUGGGUAAAGCUGGCUGACAUGUCUCUGGAGCAGGACAACAUCAAGCAGGCCAUCCUCUGCUACUCUAAGGCCAUUAAGUACGACAGCACUAACGUGCGGUACCUGUGGGAGCGCUCCACGCUGUACGAGCAGAUCGGGGAGCACAAGCAGGCCAUGGAUGGGUACCGCCGGCUGCUCAGUCUGCUGCCCCCUACUGACGGGGAGCACUUCAUGCAGCUGUCCCGCGACAUGGCCAAGAGCUACUACGAGACCAGCGACCUGACGGCUGCCAUCGGGGUGAUGGAGGAGGCGCUGUCCCGCUACCCCGACCUCGUCACGCACGAGUCCGUCAACAUGGCCGCCGAGCUCUACAUCGCCAACCACCAGCACUCCCAGGCCCUGCAGGUGCUGGUGCAGUUCUGCGGCAUCGUGAUGCUGAGAGACCAGUCUAAACGGGAACCAGCGGGGGGGCCUCCGGACCAGGCUGGAGAGACCGGGCCGGAGAAACCCGAGGAGGGAGAGAAACCGCAGGACGAACUGGAAGGGGAGGUUCAGAGUGUCCAGAUCCCAGAGCACAUCCCAGUGGACAUCAGGAUCAAGCUGAUGGUCUGCCUGAUCCACCAGCACAUGUUCAAGCCUCUGGAGCCCAUGCUGACGGCGCUGAUGGAGCAGAGCCCGGAGGAGCUGGGGGACCUGUACCUGGACGUGGCCGAGGCCUUCCUGGACGAGGGCGAGUACGGCUCGGCCCUGCCGCUGCUGUCUGCGCUCGUCUGCUCCGAGAGAUACAACCUGGCCGUGGUGUGGCUGCGACACGCGGAGUGUCUGAAGGCUCUGGGGCACAUGGAGGUGGCAGUGAAGAGCUACAUUAAGGUGGUGGAGAUGGCUCCCCUGCACCUGGAGGCCCGGCUGACCCUCUCCACGCUGCAGCAGCAGCUGGGGCACCCUGAGCAGGCCCUGCAGGCCCUGGAGCCCAUGCACGACCCUGACACGCUGGCCCAGGACUCCGCCGCAGCGCAGCAGGAGCUGAAGCUGCUUCUCCACCGCUCCACCCUGCUGAACUCUCAGGGCAGGCGGGAGGACUACAUCGACACGGUGCUGACCAUGCUGGCCAUGUUCCUGAAGGUGGCGAUGAACAGGGCCCAGGUGUGUCUGGUGUCCAGCUCCCGCUCUGGAGAGAAGCGCCUCUACCUCGUCAAGGUGUCCUGCGACAAGGUCUCUGACAUCGACGACCAGGAGGCUGCUUACCUGGACGUUAUAGGGAAGACGAACGUGCUGUCGAAGGAGGACUGGUGGCAGCUGCUGCUGCGCACCAUCGUGGUGCUGUGUGAGCUGCACCGCUACGAGGAGGCCGAGCUCCUGGUGGACUCCUCCCUGGAGUACUACUCCUUCUACGACGACCGCGUGAAGAGGAAGGAGCUGGAGUACUUCGGCCUGUCGGCCACCAUCUUGGACCGCAACUUCAGGACAGCCUAUAACUACAUAAGGCUGAAGCUGAUGGACAACGUGGACCGGCCUCAGCUGUGGAACAUCUUCAACCAGGUGACCAUCCACUCUCAGGACGUGCGGCACCACCGCUUCUGCCUGCGUCUGCUGCUGAAGAACCCCGACAACCACGCGCUGUGUGUGCUCAACGGACACAACGGCUUCGUCUCGGGCAGCUUCAAACACGCGCUGGGGCAGUACAUGCAGGCUUUCCGCUCCAAACCCAACGAGCCGCUCUACAGCCUGUGUGUGGGCCUCACCUUCUUCCACAUGGCCUCGCAGAAGUUCGUCAUCAAGCGGCACCCGCUCCUGCUGCAGGGCUUCACCUUCCUGACGCGGUACUCAGAGCUCCGGGGCCACUCCCAGGAGAGCCUGUACAACAUCGGCCGCGCCCUGCAUCAGCUGGGGCUGACCCACCUGGCCAUACACUACUACCAGAAGGCCCUGAACACCCCCUCACCCUCGCUGGAGGGUAUUGAGGAUGACCAGGUAGACUUGAGUCGAGAAAUCGCCUACAACCUGUCGCUCAUAUACCAGGCCAGCGGUAACAAAGAGAUGGUACGCCACCUGCUAUACACCUACUGCUCCAUCUGACGCGGCCGUCUACCGCCCAGCUCCAUCGCAGCACUGAGCCUGUACCCUCCGACCCAUGCUACACCCGUGGAACGGGAACGGGAAGGAGGGGUCGGAGAGACCAACUCUUUAUGGAAUAUACUCCAGCACAGAUUCCUGGGAAUUUUCACCAAAUCGUGUUACGAACCGAGUGGCCUGCCAGACUUUGACUAGUGUCUAAAGGGAUAAAGUACAGUCUUUCACCGUUACUGUACACGGGCCUGGACUGAACAUAGGUCUGCAACUCUCCCUUUUGUCCCUUGUGACCACCGAAGAGCAGAGUAAUGUUUUACAUCCCAAGGUCAUGGAGUUGCGCUCCAGUGAUUAUUGGUUUACCUGUACUCUACUAAACCUUUGUAAAAAAAGAGAAAGUUUUUCUAUUUUUUUUUUAAAAGGAAGUCAUUGUAAAAU